AUGACAGACUAUGUUCUUGGUCAAGUGGCGGCUGGUUUAACGAAGUCCAAAUCAAAAGUGAAAGAAAAUAAGAAGUUAGCUGCUCUUUUCACUGUGAAAGCUAAACCUCCAGAACCACAGAAAGAAAAUGUCAAGAAACCUGACGUCAAUAUAAAUGAAAAAGAAAAGAAACCAGUGAAAAAGAAAAGACAUAUUGAAGAAGAGAAAGAAAUAAAAAAGAAGAAACAAAAGAUAGAUGAAGAAAAAUUUAAAGAAAAAGUUAAGGAAAAAGAAAUUGAAGAACCUGAGUCAAUUAAAACCUUGGGAACAGAAGGAGAGGAGGACUCGACCGAAAAACCAGUACACUGGAGUAAACUAACUGGAGCUGCUAGAAGAGUGGCUAGUAAAGAAUCCAGAAAGCAUGAUACCAGUAAAGAUCAUAGAACAAUAUUUAUUGGCAAUUUACCAUUAUCAUUAGCUCAUAAAACAAAAUUAAAGAAGUUAUUUGGUAAAUAUGGUGCUGUAGAGAGUUUACGGUUUAGAUGUCCACCUACUAAAGAUUUGACAACUUCUAAACGUGUUGCCGUCAUAAAAAAAGAGUUCCACCCUGAGCGAGAUAAUAUGAUAGCUUAUGUUUGUUAUAAAGAAGAGUUUUCAGCAGAAAAAGCACUUUUUAUGAAUGGUAAAGAAAUUGAUGGACAUCAUUUACGCGUUGAUAUUUCAACAGCCAAUCCAAAGGCCAACCAUAACAAGUCAAUUUUUGUUGGAAAUCUACCAUUUGGUAUAGGAGAAGAAGAUAUACGAGAAAUAUUUAAAGUUUGUGGUGAAGUUGAAAAUGUCAGAAUUAUUCGGGACAAUAAAACAGGGCUUGGUAAAGGUUUCUGCUAUGUUGCUUUUAAAAAAAAAGACCAAGUUGAGCUAGCUUUAAAAUUAGAUGGAACAGGAUUAAAGAAAAGAGAAAUAAGAGUUAAAAGAUGUUUGAGAGAACCUAAAAAAGUUCAAAUAUCCUUUUUAGUUGAUCAUAUUUGUCUUGUAUACGACUAA